AUGGAAUCUGGGUUACACAACGAAGUCUUGUCUUGGAACACAAAGCUAGCUUUUCAUCUCAAACAUGGGAAUCUCAAGCAAGCCACAGACCUGUUCAACCGAAUCCCGGAUUCCAAGAAAAACGUGGUCACCUGGAACACUGUGAUCACCGCAUUUGCCCAGGCUGGGCAAAUGGACCUUGCCUGGAAGAUCUUUGACUCCACUCCCAAACACAGCAUUGUCUCCUUCAAUGCCAUCCUCUCUGGCUGCGCCCUCCACGGCGACCUCAAGAACGCCGCCAACCUUUUCUUCCAUAGGAUGCCCGUUUGGAAUCCCGUCUCCUCCACUGCAAUGAUUCGUGUGCUAGCAAGCCGCGGCCAGAUCGAGGAGGCACGGCAAGUGUUCGAUGCCAUGGGCGAUCACGACACAAUCUCCUGGGGCACCAUGAUCCAGAGCUAUCUCCAGUCCGGCCAUUUGGCCAUUGCAAGAAACCUCUUUGAUCAAAUGCCCCACAAGAGCGUAAAUUCCUGGACCGCGAUUAUGAGCGGAUACGGUGAUCGUGGCGAGAUGACCUCCGCGGCCGCCAUCUUUCUUGCAAUGCCGGAACACAACAUCGUGACUUAUAACGCGCUCAUUGCUACAUAUGCCCGAAACGGGCAUCUAAAACGCGCAAAAGAGAUCUUCUGUGCGAUGCCUGAGAGAAACGUUGCAUCGUGCAACGCGAUUGUGGCAGCGCUCUGCGAUGCCGGGGAGGUUCUUGAGGCAGAUCGCGUGAUCUCUGCGAUGCCAUUUGUGGAUGUGAUCUCGUGGACUGCUAUCAUCUCCGGUCACGCCCGUGUUGGGGAUCUAGAAAUAGCGCAGCGGCUUUUUGAUUCGAUGCCCGAGAGGAACAGGAUCUCCUGGAACGCUAUCCUUGUCGCAAGCACGGCAGGGGGUAACUUGGAGCAGGCUAAGUGCCUGUUUGAUCGAAUGCCAGAGCUCGAUGUGGUGGCGAUCACCACGCUCAUCACAGCCUAUGGCCGCGCCGGGCAUAUCGAGCAGGCAUUGGAGCUCUUCCUGCAGAUCCCUGAAACGGACGAGGUGGCCUGGCUCGCUAUCAUCCAGGCGCUGAUCGAGAAUGGCCAGAUCGCCACUGCUCGUAGUAUGUUGGAUCUGAUGCCCAAUCGAUCCAGCGACCUCGCAGCGCGCACUGCCGUCAUCAAUGCCUAUGCUCGCACCGGGCAGAUGGAUCGAGCGAUGGAGCUCUUCCAGAGGAUGAGUUCUUGCGAUGCCGUGGCCUGGAAUGCAAUGGUGGUGGCGUGCACCGCCGCCGUGGGCGCCGCCACAGCGCUGGAGCUUGCCGCCGCCAUGGAGUGUGAAGGAUUCCUCGCCAGCGCCAUCACCUACGUCGGAAUCCUCGUGGCUUGCAGCAAAAUGGGGCGGAUCGAAGAGAGCCGCAGAAGAUUUUGGAGCGUUUCCUUCGAUCAUGCGCUGGAACCGAUCUACGACCACUACUGCUGCCUUGUGGACGUGCUUGCGCGCGCGGGGCAGUUGGAGAGGGCCGAGGAUCUCGUCCGUUUCAUGCCCUUCGUGCCAAAUCCAAUCGCCUGGCACACGCUCUUGGCAGCAUCGCGGAAUCACGGCGAGAAGAAUGGCGCAGAGAGGGCCGCUGGGGCGAUUCACAGGCUGGGCGGGCGAUCCAGCAACAAUGCCGGUCUCUAUGUCAUGCUCGCCGACGCAAAAACCCUAAGUGCCAAGUAA